AUGGCGGAUAGGACGCUGGAAAAGCUCCUGAGAAAGUCUCGGUCUCUUCGCCGCGGGAGACACGGCUCUGUGGACGGUGACGGGGACGCGGACAGCAACAGCAUUGGCAGCGACAGUGUUACGCUGUCGCUGUCUCGAGGUCGCUCCAGGCGGUCCAGCGUCAGACGCAGCCACACGUCUGACAUUUUUGAGGACAGCCAGCCCGACGAUGGCACGUCUUCCGUUCACAUCGUCCGACCCGACAAAGAGGCAGAGGACGAGGAUCCCAGCCUUAUAUCCUACGACUCAGAAGAGCAUGACCUGAAGGGCGAGAGAUCACUGAGCCGAUCCUCCUCCUGCCCGCCCGUCCCACUCCAAUACGCAAUACGCCACGCGCCGCACCAGCACCUGGACCAACACCAGCACACCAGCACACCAGCACACCAGCACCAGCACCCUCCCACCGACCAAGGUGUCGGCCCUCCUGUGCCUCGUACUGAUCUUGUCCACCACAGCUCUGCUACAACACGGCCGGCCACGAUCUCUAACCACCCGUCCCAAAUCGGGUAUCUGACCACGAACUCCCCCCUCAUACAAUCCGAAUACUACCAGCAAGGCUCCCAGCCUUCUCAAGGCUCAGUCACCACGGAUCAUCUCGGAGCUUCCGACCCUUCUGGGUCACCAAACCCGGUGGGACUUGCACCUCCAGGAUCGCAGUCCAGCAGAAGGUCACCGUCGCCUGUGGGACGGCUCAAGGGUGUCUUCAGGUCCAAAAAAAGCUCCUCGAAGUUGUCCGGGGGCGGGAGUGGAGCAUCUAGCCCAGAGCGGCGGCCUUCGACUGCAGGCGCAAGGCUAUCCUCCGACAUUGCGGAUGCCCCUAAGCUUACCGAUCCUUCCAAGACCGACUUGACGACCGACUCGGACUCAGACUUGAAGAAUGCUGUCGUAGAAGCAAGGACGGAACAACAGACCAGAGGUUCAGCGGAGCGCUUUCGCCGUCUUUCUAGGGGCCAGACGGUUGUCACAAGCACGCCGCCCGGAACACCUGGUGCCUCGGAACAGGGCACUCCAGUCAUCGUCAACACACCCCCUACGCCGACCGACUCUAGCAGGCCCAAACUACCCAAGAUCCAGUCUCCGCAGCAAAACAACAGCCCUACCGAGGAUACCACGCUGAGCCAGAGACGUGGCAGAUCAGGUUCAGCAAGUUUAGUGCCUAGCAAGUUGUCCACUAUCUACUCUGCGCCACUUACACCAACCCCAGAGAACGGCAUUCCCACGCCUGCCAAUCCAGCUUCUGGUUUCUUUGGAUCUGUGCUCUCCGCCGCACAGAACGCCGCCAACACUCUCACCAGCACUAUCCAGAACACCAAUAUCAGCCCUGGUGUUACAAAAAACCGAGGCCUGAACUCGACCCAGAGCCAGCAGAGCAUCCAAGUCGAGGACGACAAAGUCGAGGUCGAGCCAUCUGUCGAGGCAUCAGUUGGCAAAGCAAUGGAGUCGCACGAGCCCGCCGUCAAGACCCUCGGCACGGGUGAUCUGAGCUUGAGCCACCUGGGCAUCGAGCCAACCAUCAGGUCAACCACACCCACAAAGCCCAAUUUCCCAGAUCAAAUCGAUGUCAACAGAUCACGAUCCGAGUCUGCCCCCGCGGAAGCGACGCCUGUCAAGACGAGCGGCGAGGUUCCGUGGGACGACACGCAGAGACCGCAGUCUGUCUAUCAGGGCUCAGAGCCGCCAUCGCACGGCGACAAGACGCCACCACCGGCCAGUUUGCACGAGGACAGCACUGGCAUUCAUCGGAGUGGCAGUAUCAGGAGCGCGAUCGGUCGCCAUAAUAGGAAACGCGGUAGCACCAACGGUACCGGGGGCACUGGGAACACGAUAGGCGCCGCUCUCGCUUCAGCUAAUGCUGCUCUGUCACAGCCCGGUAGCGUGUCGAAUGCGCCCAAACUUACUGGGUUUGCGGUCGCGAGCAAGAAGCGGAAUCGUGACUUUCAUGCGUUGUUCAAGAGCGUUCCUGACGAUGACUACCUCAUUGAAGACUAUAGCUGUGCUUUGCAGCGCGAGAUCUUGGCUCAUGGACGGCUGUAUGUGUCUGAAGGUCACCUGUGCUUUAGCAGCAAUAUUCUCGGCUGGGUCACCACGCUGGUGAUGAGUUUCGAUGAGAUUGUGUCUGUCGAGAAGAGAAGCACAGCUCUGCUGUUCAAAAACGGCCUGAUGAUCUCUACGCUUCACGCAAAACAUAUCUUCGCCAGUUUCACAAGCCGAGAUUCCACGUAUGAUCUGAUUGUGAAGAUCUGGAAGCUUGGACAUCCCGAACUGCAGAGCUCCCUGAAUGGAGUGCGUCUCGAUGAGACGGGUGGCGAUAAGACGGAGAAGGUCGACGCACAGUCCAUUAUCGGCGGCGAUCACAGUGCAUCAGUCUCCGCUGACGAGGAUGGGGACGGGGACGAGGACGAAAGUGACGACGGUGAAGAUGUGUACGACGAAGACGAGGAUGACGAUGACCUGCCUGCACCAAGCCAAGUGGCGGACCCGCCACUGCUGGAAUCUGCUCUGGAGAAAUCAGUCUCCCGCAAACCCUCGGGAGCUGUCACCGCUAGUCUACCAAACGACAAGCCAAAGGACGCGCCAGCAGGAGCACCCAGUCAAGACUUCCCUGGUCCAGCUACGCAUGCUCCCACGGACUGCGGCGACGCCGACGCGCACUACAAAAAGAUCGUGGGAGACGAUGUCAUCCCGGCCCCCCUCGGAAAGGUCUACGAUUUGAUGUUCGGUCCGACUGCAGUCACUUGGAUGUCAAAGUGGCUUACUGUAGACCAGAAAUGCACAGAUCUACAAUCGGAAGACAAGAAGGGACUCACUCUGGACAACCGAACACGCAACUACACAUAUAUCAAGCCGCUUAGUGGCUCAAUUGGCCCGAAACAGACUAAGUGUAUUGUAUCGGAAAACCUGGAGAGCCUGGAUCUCGAGAAGUCUGUCAAUAUUCUGGUUACCACGCAAAACCCAGACGUUCCUAGUGGCAACAUCUUCAGCGUAAAAACCAAAUAUUGUCUUUCUUGGGCCGAAAAUAAUGCAACUCGGGUCCAGAUCAACUGCAUUGUGGAAUGGACUGGCAAGAGUUGGCUGAAAGGCCCCAUUGAGAACGGUGCCAACGAAGGCCAGACACAAUACUGUAAGGAUCUCUUCGCAAGCCUGAAGGCAGCUGUGUCAUCGAAAGCUCGCCAGCCGCUCACCGCCGGGGCCGGAAAGGGCAAGAAGAGGGGCAAGAAGGGCAAGGCAGCCGCAGUCUCAAACGUUACUAGCGAUACCGAGGAGGUCACCAAAACUUCCUCCAAGCAGGACUGGGGCGUACUCGAGCCACUUCAUGGCCUCCUCGGCCCUGUGGUGGAUAUCGGCAAGCCAAUUCUCACAGGAAAUGUUGUUUAUGGCCUGCUUGUUGGCCUUCUCGUUGCUGCCUGGUUCGGGUUUGGGUUCAACCCAGGACCAACUGCCAGACCAUACGGUUCUGAACUUGGCUUCUAUGGCUAUCCUGAUCGUCUUGCAGCCUACGAGGAGAUGUGGCGGCGGGAGGAGAGCGAGCUUUGGGAGUGGCUCGAAGAGCGUGUCGGCAUGGACCGCUUGAACAGCGGUGAAAUGCACACACGAAAGAAGGUGGUUGAACCUCGCACUAUGGCCGAGAAGCUGAGAGAAGAUCGCAUGGAUGAGAGCGAAGUUAGGGAAGCAAUCAGGAUAACUGAGGAGAAGUUGCAGGUUCUGAAGUCGGUUGUUGGCAAGAAAAGUUAA